UAUGUACAUAUAUAAUGUGAAUUUUAGUAAAACGAAAAAUACAUAAAAUAUGCAAUAAAAUAUAUGUAUGUAUAUAAGCGAAAAAUUAACCAACGAACUUGUUUAUGUGUGAGUUAGUGCAAAAUGAAGAAAGAAAGUAAGCAAUAACUAAGAAUUGAUAAAAGAUAAAUGCCAGAAGUGCCGACGACGAUAAACCAACUGCGACGAAACUAAAUGUAAACGUUAAUAAUGCGAAAUUGGUGAAGAAAAACACAAAACACAAAACAAAAAAAAAAACGACAAGUGAAUAACAAAGUGUAGUAAAUGAACGAUAACAGUACAAAAGUUACUAAACUUAAAUUAUACUAUUUUAAUAGUAAAAAGAAUUGAUAUUUUUUUCUGAUUUUAUAAAUAACGUAUGUAGUACGUAGUAUUGUUAACUAAUUCGUGUCAAGUGUUUUAUGUUAAAAGAAAAGUGAAUUUCGUGCAAAGAAAUAAAUUGUUGUCUAAAAAAAAAAUAAAUAAAUAAAUAAAAAUAAUUAAAAAAAGAAAUAACUUAAAGAAGCAAUAAAAUGAAGGUCACCGUUUGUUUUGGUGCCAUUCGCAUUGUUGUUCCAUGUGGAAAUGGCGAUUUGCUCGUAAAGGAUCUGAUAAACGAAGCAACUAGGCGUUAUAAGAAAGCAGCUGGAAAGGAACCAGACUCUUGGGUUGCCGUCCACCAUUUACAAACACAGUCGGGCAUACUCGACCCGGACGACUGUGUCGGCGAUGUCGCCGAUGAUCGCGAACAGAUACUUGCCAGUUUUGACGAUUCCGGCCCAGAUCCGGGCGUACCGCAGGGCGGCGGUGAUGGUGCUUCUGGCAGCUCCUCGGUGGGCACCGGCUCGCCCGAUAUUUUUCGCGAUCCCACUAACACAGAUGCGCCCACAAAUGGACAGCGUGGUGGUGAUGCCACGACGCCACACAUUGAAGUCACCAGCACCACUGCUGGCCCGAUGACCGGUUUGGGUCUGCAAGUGCGUCGCAGCAGUGAUCCGAAUUUACUCGCCUCGUUGAAAGCGGAAGGUGGCAAUAAACGUUGGUCCGCUGCCGCGCCACACUGUGGUGGUGAUUCGCCUGAGCGUGUAUUACUCGAUAAGAGUGGUUACUUAACGCCGCAGUGGGAGGAAGAAGAUGAUGGUCAACAGCAUACGAACGCGGCACCAGCGCAACAGCCUUUCGCACGUUCCGGUCGGCUCUCUAUGCAAUUUCUUGGCGAUGGCACGGGUUACAAGUGGAUGGAGGCGGCGGAGAAACUGCAAAAUCAGCAGCAUCAGCAGCACGCGCAACAACAACACUCGCCAAAUCAAUAUGCGCCGCCAGGUCAAAUGUAUACUACGAAAUCGUUGCCACGUGAGAGCAAGCGUAAGGAGCCGCUUGGUCAGGCCUAUGAGUCGAUACGCGAAAAGGAUGGCGAAAUGUUGCUCAUCAUCAAUGAAUACGGCAGUCCGCUUGGACUGACAGCCAUGCCAGAUAACGAGCAUGGUGGUGGUUUGCUGGUGCAAAAUGUAGAGCCCGGCAGUCGUGCUGAGCGUGGGCGCUUGCGACGCGGUGAUCGCAUACUCGAAAUCAAUGGCACCAAACUUAUUGGUCUGACGGAGAGUAAAGUGCAAGACUAUUUGCGACAUUCGCUCGAGGCAUCCGAGCUGCGUGUGCGUGUGUUGCGUGCCAGUGGUAGCGCUAAUCAACGUAGUGCCAGCAAGUCCCGUCGACGCGACUCGAAAGUUGCCGAAAUGAUUGAGGCGGAAGAGAAGUUGGCUUCGUCGGUGGAGACCAAGGUGGCGACCGUAUCGCCGACACGUAAACCGCACACUGCGCCGGUGGGCACGUCUCUACAGGUGGCGAAUACGCGCAAGUUGGGACGAAAAAUCGAGAUCGUGCUAAAGAAGGGUCCAAAUGGUUUGGGCUUUUCGGUAACAACGCGCGAUAACCCGGCCGGUGGUCAUUGUCCGAUAUAUAUCAAAAAUAUACUACCACGUGGUGCCGCAAUUGAGGAUGGUCGCUUGAAACCGGGUGAUCGUUUGCUGGAAGUGGAUGGCGUGCCAAUGACCGGGAAGACGCAAACCGAUGUCGUGUCGAUAUUGCGUGCAACACAACCGGGCGCCACUGUACGUUUGGUCGUGUCGCGACAGCAGGAGUUGGCUGCUCAGGAUGAGCGGGAAAUUAAUUAUGAGGAAAAGGAACGCGUUUUGAUGAACACACCGCCAAAGCCGCCAGCACCGGUGCUACCCUCCUCGCUGCAGAAGCAGCAGCAGCAGCUGGAUAAACUGCCGAACGGUGUUAAAAAGUCCAACAGCGCACGCUCGCUCUUCGAACAGCAUCAGCAACACCAACAAUAUCAGUUGAACGAAUCUCAACACUUCAUAGAUGCGGGCAGCGAGUCGGCAGCCUCAAGCGAUAGCCUUCAAGCCGGCAUAGCUUGGCGCUCGCGUGAGGUGCUCACACUACACAUACCCGUGCACGAUACGGAGAAAGCCGGUCUGGGUGUUAGCGUCAAAGGUAAGACCACAUCAAAUUCCAGCGGCGGCAGCGGCUCCAUGAAACACGAUGGCGAUCUGGGUAUUUUCGUUAAGAAUGUCAUACACGGCGGUGCGGCUUCGAGAGAUGGACGCUUACGCAUGAACGAUCAACUUUUGAGUGUGAAUGGUGUCUCGCUGUUGGGUCAAAAUAAUGCCGAGGCAAUGGAAACCUUGCGACGUGCUAUGGUCAACAAUCCAGGUAAACAUCCGGGCAUGAUAACACUUUCGGUGGCACGUAAGAUCGCACGCUCCGCCAGUUCGGGUGACAUACUCGAGCAGACGGCGAACAGUAGCUCGAAUGCGAGUGAUAAUUCUGGUGCUACAGUCAUCUAUCUGAGCCCGGAGAAGAACGAGGCGCGCAGCGCUGGUGGUAGCGGUGGUGGUGGGAAUGCAACCAAUGAAAUGAACAGAUGGAGCAAUCCCGUAUUAGAUCGUCUAACCGGUGGUGUUUGCUCAUCGAAUUCAUCACAACAUGUGCGACGUCCCUCACGUGAUCACUUGAGCGCUGGCGGAGUUGUUGUUGGCGGUAUUGGUGGUCCGCCCGGUAGCGCUGGUGUGCAUGGCUUGCGCAACGAGAGCUACUAUAUGGCAACAAAUGAUACUUGGUCCCCCGCAUUGCAUCAACAAAAGCUGUUGAAUGGUCAUAUCAACAGCAACAACACUGUUUUGAUCGAAGACGAUCCGGAGCCAAUGUCACCCACUCUGCCACACCAUCCUAACGAUUCCGUGUGCACACAGAGCAGUAGCGUUGGUCCAAACUCCAGCACAGCGCCACCCGGCUUCGACGCUACCUACUCCUCACAAUUGAGUCUCGAAACGAACAAUUCGGGUGUGGAGCAUUUUUCACGUGACGCACUCGGACGUCGUUCGAUAUCUGAAAAACACCAUGCCGCCUUGGAUGCGCGUGAAACGGGCACCUACCAACGCAACAAAAAAUUGCGUGAAGAGCGUGAACGUGAGCGACGCAUACAAUUAACAAAAUCUGCCAUUUAUGGCGGCUCCAUGGAGUCGCUCACUGCGCGAAUCGCCAAUGCCAAUGCGCAAAUACCCGGUUAUAAGCAUACAAAGACGGCAUCGGGUGUUGAGGCGCAACAGCUGCAAGCCGAAGCGCGCGACCAGGUGGGCGAUUUGGGUCCCUCGUUGGGUUUGAAGAAAUCCUCAUCGCUGGAGUCACUGCAGACCAUGGUGCAAGAGAUACAAAUGUCCGAUGAACCACGCGGACCAACAGCAUUGCGUGCACCACGUGGACGAGGACGUGAGGAUAGCUUACGUGCCGCUGUGGUUGCAGAUCCAGAGGCGGGCAAGCCACGCAAACAUUGGUUGCUCGAAGAGGGCACCGAUCAGGAUGGCGGUUUCGCACACCGCAAUGGUCCCUUUCAAAGUUCAUUGAACGAUGGCAAACACAAAUCGCGUGCUAAGAAGCCAAGUAUCUUGCGCGGCAUUGGUCAUAUGUUUCGCUUCGGCAAGAAUCGCAAAGAUGGCGUUGUACCGGUAGAAACAGCAACAGCCAACGCCGUCGUCUCGGUGGCCGAACGACCACCAGCUACUUUGCCCAAUAAUCAGUUGCCUGCUGCAGCCUUGGCGGCAUUGGAUCGCAAUACAAAAUUGCUGCCGCCAGCCUACCAACCGCCGCCACCCUUACCGCCAGCCAAUAGCGCGGGACCGGGCGGAAAUACGAGUGCGGCGGGCAAUUUGUCCGCAACGAACUCGAAUGGCGGCAUACAUCACAAUGAUAUUUUCAAUCAUCGUUAUCAACACUACGCCAACUAUGAUGAACUGCAUCAACAGCAGAUUAGCAGCGAAAGCGAAAACAACUCAACUAAACAAAAUCAGAAUCAAAAUAGUACAGAUGUUUUAUCGGAGUCGACAUUAGAAUGCAUGCGGCAACAAGUUAUCAGGCAGCGCAUUAAAGUCGAGGCGGAAAGCUAUACCCCUAGAUAUGUGCGUUUGAAAUCGGAAGAUUGGAUUUGCUUUGAAUUAAAUCGACGUCAUCAGCAUUACCAUUCCCAGCGCAGUGCACGUUCACAGGACAUCAACUUUCAGCAACAUCAUCAUCACGCCGCCAUGAGCAUGAACAACCACGUCGGCAACGGUGGUAUUGAUAAGAGUGGCAUGCUGAGGCCGACAUCCACCUACUAUGAGUAUGAGACGGUGCAGCAUAAUGUGAGUCCUGCAGCGGCGGCAGCGCAACAUCAUCAACUGCGCAACGGUAGUCUCAAACAGAAUGGACAUCACUCGCCAGUAACCGUCAAUGGCGUGCAGCAGCAGCAACAGCAACAGCAACAUAACAAUAGCAAUCACCACCAUCAACAGCAACAACAACAACAACAGGCACAACAGCAAACACUCGGUCCACAAGCCACACAACCCCACUGGAAGGUGGCCGCCAUGAAUGGCUUCUCACCAGCCUCACUCAAUAGCAGCGCACGCAGUCGUGGCCCCUUCGUUACGCACGUGACCAUACGCGAUCAGAGUUCAGCCGCCAUUGCAGCACAACCCACAUACCAAACGGUACAAAAACAGCAGCCGCAAUUUGCAAGCGCCGUCGUUGGCGCAAAUGGAACACAACCGCACGCGUCGAAGGUGUGACUAUAGGUGCCGGUGCUGCGCCCAAGGCGUGGCGAGGUGCAAUCUAGAGGUGUAGUGGAACGCGCGUGCACGGUCAGCGCCGCUGUUGGUGGUGGUGGUGGUGGUGUUGGUUGCGAUGAUGAUGAUGAUGGCGGGGGCGGCGACAAUGAUUAUGAGGAUAUUGACUCGGAUGUAGUGGAGAUUUUUUAUUUGGCCACCGAGUGUUGAGCGCAGCCAACAGCCAGCAGAGCGCCUACGCCGCCGUUUCGCGUGUUUUUUGUUUUCUAAGUCAAAAAAAUUAUAAUUGUCAAGCUGUUAAUGAGCAGAAAUUGGCUGAGAGAAAAAUAAAAAUAAUAAAAAUAUGGCACACUCUCCACACACACACACACACAGGAAAUGAAACAAAAAUCCUUAAAUUAUGAGACUGUAACGAAACGAAAAAA